CCUCUUGUUGUCCUAAAACUGUAGGACCUGCUGGGAAAGGACAUUCUGGAGUUUUGCCAUCCUGAGGACCAGAGUCACCUGAGAGAAAGUUUCCAGCAGGUAGUGAAACUGAAGGGACAGGUGCUGUCUGUCAUGUAUCGUUUCCGAUUGAAAAACAGAGAGUGGAUGCUGAUCAGAACCAGUAGUUUCACCUUCCAGAACCCAUACUCUGACGAGAUAGAGUACAUAAUCUGCACCAAUACCAACGUCAAGCAACUGCAACAGCAGCAGGCAGAGUUAGAGGUUCAUCAGAGAGAUGGAAUCACAGCUUAUGAUCUAUCGCAGGUGCCUGUGGCAGGAGUCAGCAGUGGAGUCCACGAUACAGGGAAGACCAUUGAUAAGACAGAGACUCUCUUCUCCCAGGAGAGAGACCCACGCUUUGCUGAAAUGUACACCAGCAUAUCUGGCUCGGGAGACAAGAAGAUGAUGGUUCCCUCUUCUACGGCAGGAGGACAGCCUCUCUACACCCAGAGCUCUCCCUUCCAGCAGGGCCACUCUGCCAAAAGCUUCAGCUCUUCUGUGAUCCAUGUUCCUGGUGUAAAUGACAUCCAGUCCUCGGGGUCGUCCAAUCAGAAUCUAGCUCAGAUUUCUAGACAACUUAAUACAGGCCAGGUAGCUUGGUCAGGCAACCGACCCCCAUUCGCUGGACAGGUAAUGCACAUGGAGUGAAAGCUGUGGACAUUUGGGGGAAAAAAAAGAAAAAAACCACACAGCUCCGAACUUCCUCAUGGCUGAGAUGACUUUGCAUCAGCUUUGUGAUCGUUGUCAAGUUAACUAAUAAAAAUCUGCUGUAAUGUUUUAUACCAUUACAACAGAUCUGUUGUAAUGUUUUAUACCAUUACAACAGAUUUGGCCUCAUCUGUGAAGUCAAAGCCUGGAUCAAGUCAAUGACUUUCUCCUUCAACUCAUCUAAAGACAAAGUGUUUUGGAUAGAAUUUCAGUCCUCUGAUCAAUUUAAUGAUGCAAAAACAUCCCAGAGAGCCACAGGCUAAUCACUAACUUAUAAAAUUAUUCAACACAACUAAAAAAGUGCAGCAAAAAUCUUAAAAAGUACUGUGAGUUUACAUAUCUCCCACAUAUUAUUAGGAUUAUCAGCAUUUGUUCUACUGUCAUGUGAAACUAUUUAGACCUAUGAAAGUCUAUAUGUUUUUCAUUAAUCAUUGGUAAGAUGAAUGAACAAUAAAAACUAUCGCUGUAAUAGCGCACAAAUACAUACCAUGAAUUUUUGGUAAAAUGUCUUCUCCAGACAAAGCUGAUCUUCAUCAAAUGCCCAGCAUUAAACUGUAUCCGUUUCAGGAAGAAAUGCCCCUUUUCCACUGGCUCUAAUGGUCCCGGCUCCACUCUAUUAGGCUUGCUUUGUGAGUGUUUCCACCAGUAUUUUUUGAGGCCGGUUCCUGCUUUUUAGGUCCCUGCUUUUUAUGCCAGCCGGACUGGCCCAACUUGUGUGGGUGACGCAAGUUUCGCUCCUGUUCACUGACUGGCUGUGGGCAUGGUCAGACGUAGCAGUAAAGAGAGAAGAAAAACAAACGCCGCAAAAUUUCAAACUCACUGCAACACAGGAGUGACGGAAGCUACAAACAAGCGGUGGAACAAUGAGAUGCUGGUUUUUCUUUGCAUCGGACUUCAAUAUUCAGUGGCAACUUGAUGAAGCUCAUUUGGACGUUGACAAAAAUGAGUCAUUUUUGUCAACGUAGCAGAGAGAAUGGGAAGCCUCGGUUAGCCACUUCGGAGCCCGACACAGCCCCACGGUACACCCUGACUCAGAUGCAUGCUACGCCGCUGCUGCACUCCAACCAGGUUUGUAGAUAUAUCUGUCUGGUUUUUACUAUAUUUAAGGUGCGCUAUUUAUAACUUUGUCAGUAUUGUACAGCAUGUUGCCCUUCAUUUGUUCUUUUAGGUUUUAUCUUUGCAUGAAGGUACAUUCCAUUGUUUGUCAUUGUGCUGUUGUUGCUCUGGAGUUUUCCCCUGUUGUGAGAUAAUUAUUAUAUGAUUUUCUAUUCUAAAGUGGCUAGAUAAAAGUUCUUUAAUUAAACAGUUAUUGUACAAGACAUAAAAAUGAACAAUAAACCUGAAGAAAACGA